GAAAAGUUCCUACAAAAAUUGAAAACGCGCCAGGUAGGGGUCGAACCUACGACUUUCUGCUUAGGAAACAGACGCUCUAUCCACUGAGCUACAGGCGCUUUAUAUUCAUUUUGUCUUCUCAUUUAGAAUAUAUAUAUAUAUAUAUCAAAUAAUAUUUCCAAAGACAGCCGAGGUCCACUACCGCACCAUUGGCCACACCAGCAGCUGAGCACGACAACUUUCCCAUCUCCAUUUUUGACUGAUAUCUGCAAAUCUAGGAAACAAGGCAAACAGCAAGAGAAAGAGAAGAGAAAACCCACCAGGAAUUUCUCUUUUCUUUCGAUUUUCAGCUCUUAUUUGCUGACCCAAAGAUCAAGAACUGCAUAAAGGGCAAGAAAAUCACAUCCCGCAAACCUGGCUUGCAUUUUCACAGGUGGGGGAUGUGUUUUCUUUCUGUAUUGGAGGUCCAAAGGUUGAAUCUGUGCUCUGACGAAAACCCAUUUGCUUUAUUUCCCGGAUUAUUGCUUGUAAAUGCAACUUUGUAGAUCAAUUGCCUCUUGGCUAUCCCGCAUCUUGGCUUGCAUGGGAAGUUGUCUUGGAUGCUGUAUGAAUUCUCCCCAUGUUGUUUCAGUGGAUAAGCCAUCUAAAGGACUGAAAGUUCCGAGCAAACGAUUGAGGAGAACUAGUUUAAGAGACGACUUUUGGAGCAGUAGUGCAUGCGAGAUGGAGAAUAGCACAUUUCCCUCCCAGAGAAGCAUCUCAUCAAUUAGCACAUCCAAUCCGGCCCUUGAUCCUCACAGUAACUCUGGCACCACGAACAGCACUUCGGAAUUUGUAAAUCAUGGUCUACUUCUUUGGAAUCAAACGAGGCAACAAUGGUGUGGAAAUAAAACACCGCAGAAGCGUGCUUCAGUUCGAGAACCCAAAUUAACCUUAGAUACAAGUUAUGAAACUUUGCUAGGGACCAAUAAGCUUUUCCCUCAACCAAUCCCUCUACCGGAAAUGGUAGACUUUCUUGUUGAUGUAUGGGAGCAGGAGGGGCUUUAUGAUUAAGCAGACACAUAAGUCAUCUUUCUCAGCCACUGCAAAUUGUGUUCUGCAAGUUCUACAUAAGAAGUUCAAAACAGCAUUGUAUUUGUAUGUUGAGAUGAAAAAGAAACUUUGGUUACAAAAAACACCAUGUUCUCAAGAAAGUAAUUUAUACAUGUUAGGCUGUCCAAAACUCAAAUACAAUGAGCCUUGGCUAGUUUGUAGAUAUAUUUAAGGGGACAGAAUUGAAUCUACUCGUAAAUAUAAAUUGUGUUUAGGUGCUUCUAA